AUGGCUGCCCGGGAGGAAAACAGCCUCUUCCCUCCCAAUCCCUACCAUAUCCCUGGGUAUGGGGGCUUCAUCCCUCAGUACAACUAUCGGUUCGGAGAGACAUUUGGCAAAACCACGAACCGUCUGCUGACCGACCCUGGAGUGGCGAAGAGCACUCGGCCCUUGCUGGCUCCGCUGCACAAGCAGAACUUCACCGAGGACCUCGGCGGGACGGAGCGUGGUGUCCAGGGUUUCCUCCCUGGGCAUCCAGGGUACUCACCCUAUGAGAAGCCUGGGGCUGUGACAAGCUUUGCUGAGCCAGACCUUGGGACAAAACCUCCUCAGCCGGGGCCAGAAGAGGAAGAACCGAUGACGACACACGUGGACCCCGUGUCCCAGCACCACCCUGGUGGGUACGUCCCAAGGAUACAACUGCCGCCUGGAUACCCACAGGAGAUUUCAUGCCAUCCUGCCUCUGAGGGACAAGAGUGGCGGCUGCCCAAGCUGAGCCCGGCUUUUGGAGAAGAAGAAAGGUACGGACCCGGCCAGCUCGGCAGUGCCUUGGCAGGAAGCAAACUGCCCGUAAAAAUUGAAGGAGUGGCUGAAACCGCAGGCAUGGAGCAAGAUAACUGGUUGCCAAAGCUGGAUGUACCAAAUGCGAUCCAACAGAAAGUCAUUCCAGGGUACACUGGAUUCAUCCCCUGCCUCACCUUGAUCAGUGGUGUGAACUACACCCAGGCCGUGAUGGAAGCCAUGACCGAAUUCAACCGCCAUCAGUUUUUUCAGAGGAACCCAGCCUACAGCUUUGGCAAGAGAUUUCCCCAAACAUACUGGCCUAACAAGAGAAUUUACACCAGUGCUGGACAGAUACCUUUCUACAAGGGCUUCAUACCGGAGCUCCAACAAACCUGCGCGCUUACUUUUGGGAACAGCACCCGGCAAGCUUACCGAAAGGAACAAAAGAGACGAGGUUGUGCACUGUGA